GCCAAACAACAAAGUACUACAGUUACAUUUCAGGUAACUACACUAAACUCAACCACAUUAAAAGGUAGUGAAACUUACUGGAGGAUUCAGGCAACCUUCAAAGAAAAUUUCUUGUAAUGUAUUUUUUUCUGAAGGAGAAGACAACUCUGAAAUAGCUGUGUAUUUGCUGUUUAAAGUAUUUAUGCUUCAUGAUCCAGAAUGGAAAAUAUGGACAGUGGAUCUUCUCUGGACAUGGAUGAAGUAAUUAACACGAAUGAACAGUGCCAUGUAUUUAAGGAGACUGAACUUUGGAAAGAAAGUGUGGAUUUAAUAGAAAAGAGCAACUUGGGAAAUACCGUGUCCUCAUCCUAUGAAAAAUCAGCCCCAACCAACAUAGGGAUAAAAUUGGGCCCUGGUAGCCUCACCAAGAAGCGGGGCUUGACUGGUAAAUUGCAUCUAUUGAAUGUGGAGUAUGAUAAUGCUGACAAUCCCGCAUAUCUAUUUGAUAGGCAUGCUCCAAGUAGGAUUUCUACUUCUCCAACCUUGAGGAGGCUAAGAAAGAACACAUCAUCAAUUUCUCAAAUAGCUCCACUCCAGGACAGUGCUGAGAUCAUAAGAACAGAUAAACAGAUGCCACAAAUUGACAUUUUUCUUUCUAUGCAUCCAGAACUUCCUUCUCACCCUCAGCACUGUUCUCUCCCAUCGUCCUCUGGCAUUUACUCAAAUACAGUGACCCAAGUACAACACUCUACAUCAGUUAAUCCCACAGCAAAUCUACUAGAUAACAAAGAUGAUUUCAGUAAUACUCAAACAGUGCAGAACAGUAGAGAGAACAACCCUUCUCCAGAACAUGAAGGAAAUGAUUCUCAGCAAUAUGGCCAGGCCUUGGAUUUACAUAAAUCUAGUAGGUCAGCUAUCCGCAGGCACAGCUCAGUGGUGGUGAGUUUGCCGGGACUUGAGAUGUUUCCUGGAGACUUGUUGAUAUCAGACAGUGCAGCGCAAUUCCUAUACCAAUCAGCAUCACUGCAAAACUCAGAAUCCAAAAGAACCUGGUGGCCAUUUGCUAAAAAAGGAAUUAAUAAAGACAAACAAAAACAAAUGGCUGAGCUGGAAUAUUGUCUCUCGACUCUAACCAUUAAAAUGUCAGAGUGUGGUGGCUACAAAUUUCACAAUGUAAAGGAUAAAACAUGGCAUGAAAUGUUGAAGAUGUAUCAACUAGAGCCACAAGCCACUAGUGAUCAGUUCGACACAAAGAAGAAAGAAGCUGUGUGGGAGCUAUUCACAACAGAAUGCAGUUAUUUUCUUGAUCAUCUGUUGGUUCUCAAAAUGAUCUUUAUGGAUACAUUAAAGUACCUGCAGAGCAAAGAACUCCUACCAGAUGUGGAUCCUGAGUUACUAUUUGCAAACCUGGAAGAAUUAAAUCAGGUUACUCUAAGUUUUGUAACCAGUUUAUUUAGCACCAUGGAGGAUCAUCUUCUCGGGCGAACCCCCUCCCUUGAUUUCAUCAGUGUACUCACAAAGCAUUUCCAAGGUAACCUGUGUCAGAGCCACCAGAUAUACUGUCUGACUUACACUUCUGCUAUUUUUUACUUGGAAAAACUGAAAAAAAGAGAAGAUUUUGGGACCUAUUUGAAAUGGUGUGAGCGGAAUAAAGAAUGUAAGCGACUCCAUCUAGCUGAAAUGUUAGUUGCACCUUUACACAAGUUGACCCGCUAUCCCCUCCUGUUAAAGAACAUUUGGAAAAAUACAGAGGCAACAGAGAGAGUUAUCAUUAAUUCACUUAAGGAAAAGGUGGAAACAUCAAUACGGGAUUUGGAAGGUAAAGUGAAAUGGCUGGAUAAUUUUCAGAAAUUUAAACAGCUUCAGGAAAUUAUAAUUUGGCCUUCACUUUGGAAUCAAGACAAGAGACAUUUUGUUCCUGAGCCUCUCAAGUACAUGCUAAGGGAUAAUCCACAUGAAAACAUCUUGUCACCUACAAAGAGAUCACUUGUUCUUGAAGGCCGAUUGAUACUUGCAGAAUCUAUGAGAUUUACCGACGUCUAUCUGUUCCUGUUUGAUGAUUUGCUAUUGAUUACAAAACCUAACAGAUAUAAAAAGAGAUUUGACUUGAGUUUAACACCUGCUUGUUCUUUCUUCAGUCUGGAGUUGCAAUCUUUGCUUGAAGAAGGUAGUAACUGCAUAGUACUUGGCCAGCCUAUCCCAUUAGAUAGAAUGAUGGUAAAAAAUAUUGAUUCAUUCCAUAUCACAGCUUUGGGACUACGAAAUGCUUUUCUAAUACAGCAUGAAAAUAGAUAUCAACAGUGCAUAGGAGCCUAUUUGCUUCAAGCACAAACAGAGGCAUCCAAGAAAACAUGGAUAUCCCAGAUGGAAACAACAAUCACCAACUAUAUAAGAAGAAAUAAUCUUUCAAAAACUUCCUUUUUCAAUACACUUGCUGAAUCCUCUGAAAUUUAGCUGCAACUUGUAAUGUUUUUUACUUUUUAAAUGUUUUUGAUCAUUUAAAGAAAAUUGUUGAAAUGUUUUGAAACAACAAACAACAAACAUUUUUUAAAAAGGGAGUAUUCUUUAGUUAGAACAGAGUUCAGGGGAUAACUCAUGAACAUAUGCAAACAUCAAUGUUACUACAACCUUUAGUUCAUCUGCAUUUACUAAUAAAUAUAAAUGGGGAAAAAUCAGAAUAUUAAGUGCCAUUAAACUAACAUUUUUCACUUACCUUUGUGCUUAAUUUUUCAUCAAACUAACUACAAUAGCAUUAUACUGCUUGUCAAAAAGAGAGAAGGCAUCUCUAAGUGCAUAAUAAUCCUAAGUGCCUAAAAAUCAAAGUGACAAUAAAAAAAACUGAAUAGUGAUGAAGACAAAGCAGAGAUGAAGAACUACUGAGAAAGAAAAAAAAUUAUAAUAUGCAAGGCUAAUGCGACUUCAAAAGCAAAAAAAAUCAUUGCAAUUCAUAUGGUGUAGAGAUUAAUUUAAUUGUAUUUAUCAUUUGUUAUGAUAAACUGGCCAACGAAGAAAUGCAGAGAUUUCCUGGUAGGACUUUCAUCUAAGUGAAAAACCUUGAUUCUACUUUUUGAGAUUUUUAAAUUCCAAAAAAAAAUGAAAUGAACUAAAAUAGUGUCAAGCAAAACUCAAGAAGAUAGAUAUUUAAUAGCAGAAGUAAGACCUUAAAAACUUCAUAUAGCUGUAGAGACACCAAUUCUUCCUUUCUGCACUAAAAAGAUACUUAAACAUAAAGGAGAAACAGACGGCUUUUUAUGGGGUUCAGGUUUUUGGAUAGAACUAUUAGCAAAUGGAUUCAUGAUAAGGCUUUGAAAUGUUUGUAUCUUGAUUAUCAGACAUUGGAAGAACAGCUCAUUUGCUAGAAUUCAUCAUAUUGAUGAUUGUAAAACAGAAGUGUUCCUUUGUAAUGAAUUAACAGGGUUUUAUGGCUGCAAGGAUUUUCUGAAGCAACCAUGCUAAUAGAAAAUGGAACAGAAAUGGCAUAGAAUAUGAUUAAUGUGUUUAGUAACAAAUUUAUUACUAUGAGUAAAAAGAACCUGACAGAUAUUUGACAACCAAGUUAACUGGAAUUUCUCAAGUUGAAAAUUACUUCAAAGCCACAGGUAGAAAUAAUCUUAUAUAUAGUGGCAGUUAAUGACUUUUGAUUUAUAAAUUAAAAUGUUUUUAUUAAAGAGGUCAUCAGAUAUUACUUAUGAGUAAGUGAUCUACUUGGUAGCACCUAAGUAAUUUCGGCUCAUUUUGAGAAGCUAAGCAAGAUCCAAUCAAUCUGUUCUUUUAAAUGAAAGGCCAAUACCAACAUUUAGAAGAGAUUGAAGGGGGCGGGGGGGGGGAGAAAAUUUUGGAUGAAGAAAAUGGUAAAUCACUUCGGUAUUCAAAAUUCAUUACAACCCACCCAUCAUUUCAGGCAGAAUGAAAAGCCAUCCAAAGACAGUAUGUCCAAAAAGUUGUUAGAUGAGCAUCACUUUUUAAAGGUUGAUUGGUAAAACAGCACACAUACUAUUACUUGCAAAAGUAAUUUGGAAAACAUGCAAAAUCCAUUAUAAAUCUUACAUUAUGAGAGGUCUUUUUAUUUUUUUAAAAUAUAAUGUAUCACUCAUUGUGUCCAUUCAUCCCCUUUAGCAAUAAAGGAUGCUAUGGGAUGCUAGUCAAAAAAUUGAGAUGUUUUGGUGAAACUCCUACUAAAAAUACUUCUAUAUGAUUUGGACAAGACUCUGAGCUAAUUAAUUUCCCUUAUUGGUUCUACAGACUUUUAUAGCAAUACUAGACAAACACAUAACCUUUUGGAUCAGUUUCAGAGGUAUUUCCUUACUGAAACAAAAGACCAAGGGAAAAGGAGUAGAUGAAAAAGCGACUUCCAAUUUCCUGUCAGCUUGAAUGCAGCUGACUGCUCUUUGGCAGCUGAUGAUGGGAUUGGUCUAUAUCAGGGGUCUCCAACCUUGGCCAUUUUAAGACUUGUGGACUUCAACUCCCAGAAAAGCUGGCUGAGGAAUUCUGGGAGUUGAAGUCCACAAGUCUUAAAGUGGCCAAGGUUGGAGACAUCUGGUCUAUAUGACCUGCAGAAAGCUAGGGCAGAACUCAUGUUCUGAAACUCCAAGCAGCACUGAAGUGACCAUAAAUUUGCCAAAUUUUAAUCAAAGAGAAGUAAUGAAUCUCAGGAUUUGAAUGCAUUAUGUAAGUCAUCUGAACCGCAAGAUGGACAGCAAAUAAAUUUGAUAAAAUCAUGAUAAAUAAAUAAGCUACCUCAAAUAAGUUUGAGGUACCUUGGUUCAAAAAUUGUUGCCCUAUAAUGCAUUGUUACAUCCAGUUAAAGACUACAAGACACAAGAGUUUUAAUAAUACACAGAUUGAAAUUUUUAUACAAACUAUUAGACCCAAAGAACUCAGUGAAAAUGAUAAUCACUUAAAACAGCAAUUUCAUAAUACGGAA